AUGCAAGCGUUCGAUUAUUUUCUCGUGUUAGAUUUUGAAGCUACAUGUGAUAAUGCGAAAACAAUUGUACCACAGGAGAUUAUAGAGUUCCCAGUAUUGAAAAUUAAUUCUAGAACGUUAGAGACAGAAUCCAAAUUCCAUACCUAUGUUCAGCCAACUGUACACAAACGUCUUAGACCAUUCUGCACUGAAUUGACUGGAAUCAUUCAAGAUAUGGUUGAUAACCAACCAACUUUGUCAGAAGUACUCAAGGAUUUUCAUGAAUGGAUGCUGAAAAAUAAACUUUUGGAGCCAGAAGUGAAACCAAUUUUUGUAACUUGUGGAGACUGGGAUUUAAAAACAAUGUUACCUAGUCAGUGUGCUUAUUUUGAUCUGGAAACCAUUAGUGGAUUAAAACAAAAUCAUUUGCUUCUACUUCCUUCUUUCCUCCUACUUCUGCUUCUUUUACUGUUUCACUUCCUCCUCCCAUGUCUCCUUCUCUUCUUCCUCUUUCUCUGCUUCUGCUUCUCUUCUUCCUCUUUCUCUGCUUCUCCUUCUCUUCUUCCUCUUUCUCUGCUUCUCCUUCUCUUCUUCCUCUUUCUCUGCUUCUCUUCUUCCUCUUUCUCUGCUUCUCCUUCUCUUCUUCCUCUUUCUCUGCUUCUGCUUCUCUUCUUCCUCUUUCUCUGCUUCUCUUCUUCCUCUUUCUCUGCUUCUCUUCUUCCUCUUUCUCUGCUUCUCCUUCUCUUCUUCCUCUUUCUCUGCUUCUCCUUUUCUUCUUCCUCUUUCUCUGCUUCUGCUUCUCUUCUUCCUCUUUCUCUGCUUCUCCUUCUCUUCUUCCUUUCUCUGCUUCUGCUUCUCUUCUUCCUCUUUCUCUGCUUCUCCUUCUCUUCUUCCUCUUUCUCUGCUUCUGCUUCUCUUCUUCCUCUUUCUCUGCUUCUCCUUCUCUUCUUCCUCUUUCUCUGCUUCUGCUUCUCUUCUUCCUCUUUCUCUGCUUCUCUUCUUCCUCCUCCUGCUUCUCCUUCUCUUCUUCCUCUUUCUCUGCUUCUCCUUCUCUUCUUCCUCUUUCUCUGCUUCUGCUUCUCUUCUUCCUCUUUCUCUGCUUCUGCUUCUCUUCCUGCUUCUCCUACUCUUUCUUUUCCUAUUUCUCCUACUCUUCCUCCUCUUAUUUUCAAGAUACCAGAUAUUUUAUGA